AUGCGGUGCACGACGACCUGCGACGAGCCACAACGUCGUCGACGCUUCGCACCAGACGCCGCCGACCUACGGCGGGACACCGUUCACCGCCCCGGCGAAGGAGGAGAACCGCCGAAUCGGUUAUUGCCCCAACGCGCGUUGCAGUGAUCGGACGUUUCGUACAUCGACUUCGACUCUGUGCGUUCGCGAAGGAAGCUUUUGUUCCCACAACUCCGUUUGUGUCGCCCGAGCUGCCAAUCCCGUGCCUACGGACGUUUUUUUCGACGAUACGCCGCCCGCUUCGUGCCCACCUUGCUGGACUAUAGAGUGGACUACUCGCUUGCCAUUGACCGUGUUGUGAAACGUCGAGUCGGAUCACCGCCACCGUUGCCAGGAUGUUGCCAGCCGUGAUAUGUACGCUCCUUUGCGGCAUGGCGACCGCCCAGAACUUCUACCUGCAACAUGGUCUUGCGCCGCCAUACAUGACACCUUCGGUGAUGCCCUACGCGCCGGCCGAGUCCAGUCCCAAGCCAUCAUUCUUCCGGAAACCUUUCUUUUCUUCCGGGAGCAGCGGCGGAAGCCGUCCGCCCGGCAAGGGCUUCUUCAGGCUACGGGCCCCGUCCUUCCUGUCGGGACUCCGGGGCUCGGCCAGCUCACCGAGGCCGAGCUUCUUCUCCUUCGGAAGGCCGUCCCAGCAGCAACAGCAGCAGCACCAGCCGCAGCCCAUAUUCGCGCACCAGAUCCCGGUGCCGCCUCUCCAGGCGGCCGCGGCGCACGCAACGUUCCAGACGCUCCCGAUGCACGGAGGGCCGCGGUUCACCUUCGCUCCCGAAACCAUGCUACAGCACGGACCGACGCACAUUGCGCAAGCGACCGAAUUCGCCGAGAGCCAAAUCGACUCGGACCGAUCACCCGGAAGCUUCCCUGGGCUGUCAUCGCUUUUCCAGCCCCAGGCCAGCGAGUCAUUUGGCUCCUCGGCCGGAGACCAGGACAGCUUCCAACAGCAGGUGAACUCGGUCGUGCAAAUCUCACCGUCAUCGAACAAUGCUUACGGCUACAAGACGGAAGGCUCGAGCGUCUACAACGGAAUCAUGACGGCGCAGCUCGGAGUGCCCGUGAGCUUGACCAACUUCGGCGACGGCCCCGUGGCCAUUCCGGUUGGGGCGACGAGAGGCCAGCAAGGAGACGGAUCCGGAUCAGACUCCUCGCAGAGCUACACGCCUUCCGCCGAAAUUUACACGCAGUCGCAGGGAUCUAGCGCGCAGAAGGCGCAGUCGUCGUCGGCAGACCAGCAGUACAGCGCGUUCGCUGCCGCCUUCCAACAAGCACAGCCGACCUCGGCAGGGUACGGUCAGAGCAGCUCCUCGGGAACUCGCUACUCAUCGGCGCCUUCGUCAGAUCCCACUUUGUCUUUCUACGCACCUCAAACUAGCUCUGGCUACAGUGGUUCCCCUCAGACAUACACGCUGUCAUCAGGUGGUGGAUACGUCGGCUCUUCUCCCUCGGCAUUUAUCAGUGGACUCACGAGCGGCUACGAAACGAGCAUCACAAAUCACGGAUCAGGCUCGAGCAAAUACGGGCCAGCCUACAGCCUUGUAGGGAGUGGCAACUAUCCUACGUCCUCAUCCGGAAGCUACGGUAGUUCACAGCCGUCGUCAUACACUUCCUCUAGCGGCUCCUACAGUCCGUCAAGCUACGGCAGUUCGGCGGGCCGCUAUACGGUGCCAACCAGGUCGUACACUUCGAGCCAGCCGUCUUCCGGGUACUCGUCGGCGUACUCUAGCGGAUCACCCUCCAAGUACAGCACAACGGGAAGUGCUUACUCAAGCGGCUACGGUAGCAGCUCGUCGUCCUCACUACCGAGCUCAUCCGUUGCGUACGAUAACUCUCAAUCGAACUACGGCUCCUACGGUCAGCGGUAUCCUUCGUCCGCUUACAGCACCUCUUCGCAGUCGGCUUACUCGCCGAAACGACCAGCGACUAACUAUGCGAGCACAUCCACGUCGUACAAAAAUUCGCAAGCAGCUGCGGCCGUAGCACAGGCUCUGAAGGCGUACGCAGCCGGGAACGCCAAGUACGGGUCUACAAAGACCUCGUCUGCGAGCACGGACAGCUCCUACCCGACGUCUUACAGCUCUUCGUCGGGCUCGACGAGCUACGGUGACAAGAGUGCCGCAGCUCCGUAUUUUAGGGCCAAGACGUCGUCCUCAGCGUACAACAAGUACAGCGACGCCUCCUUAGGCUACACAGACAGCGGCAGCGACAGUGGAAGCAGCGGCAGUAAGACGUCGUCCAAGUCGUCGUACGACCAAAGGACCGUGGGCCAGACGCUUCGGGUCAGCGGAGACAGCGCAAGCAGCAGCGACCCCUACACUACAUCAACGAGAACCACGAGCAGCACACCCAGCAAAUCGAGUACAGUCUAGGCCAGGUCUAUAAUGGCACCGUUAGGUUGAGAGGCACAUAGAUACGAUAGUAAUGAGCUUCGGAAAAGUACCAUACCUGGCGCAAAUGCUUCCAUGCCGAAGCUUUGAACAGAAGCAGCUGCAACGGUCACGAACGGAGUACUGACAAAACAAGCAAAAAAAAAAAAAAACGUAUAGAAAACGAUGUUUGCAAGAUAGUUGCGCGAUUUCUUCAUUAUAGUUCACUUUCAACUUUACGAUGCCGCUUGUGUCCGUUGGUAACCUUAUCGAGAUAAUGACGAUCGUGUAUUUCUUAAUGUUUGAUAAUACUUGCCGGCAGCGCCGGCUACUCUUUAAUUAGAAGCACAAUCAUGUUAUUUACUCCAUAUAUUUACGCUGUCGUCAUAUGCAGGUGGAAUAUAUUGCUUGCUUCGGUUAUUCUUCGCGAGCAGCAUAAACGAAUGCAGGAGCUCUUUCUCAUGCUACUCAUCUGGAAACGAAGUGGUCCCACCGCAGAUAUACAAUUCCAAGGAAGCAAGCAUGAGAAGAUUCCCAGCACGAUUUCCCUGCAUUAAAUCCUGCCGUCCUAUAUACCUCACUCGCCUGGACAAACCCCCAGCGCUAAAUUUCACAGCACACCAGCAGCUGGCCUGUCUGUGGUGGUGUACUCGAGUCAUACCUUGCAUCAGACGUACAUGGAGCAAGGCAGCGUUGCAGCUGCCCAGGCUUGUCGCUUUGUGCCUCUCAACCUAGUGGGCGGAAAUGCAAUUUACAAGGAGCGCAUGGGAACGGGUAGACGAGCCGGUCAGCCUUCAGAGUUUGGCCUUACGAGGCGGUAGUGAUGUGAGCGAUGAAGCGGAAGAAGUAGAAAAAAAAAAUGUACAUACCGAGAACGCUCCCAAGGAGCUUAUUUCAGACCUAACGCUAUGUGUCUUUGCUGUACACUUCUUACUUAACGCUUUUUCUGUGACGUCUUCACGUACCCUCUCAGUCAUCUCCUUCCUCUUUUAUUUUGUCGCACAGAAGAGAAACAAAAAGAAAUUCAUCUUCAUCAUAUCCUAAUGAGAGAGCGAGAGAGGCACAUACCAAUUACAUGAUAUCAGCGCCCCGCUUGAGGUCACCAUGUCGCGUGUGUGUUCUUCUUACCUUUUUAUUAUUAUUUUUUCGUGUGCUUAUAGCGCCCUAUUUAUGACAUACUGAUCGUUUCCUGCCUCCGUUCACCACCUAAUUUCUACCUGUAGUUGAUUUUUUUUUUACAUAUACGUGUAUGUAAGCAACUUGUAUUUCCUGUUUGAAUCCGUGUCAGUGGGGCGAGCAGAAGAAGAGAAGCAGAUGGGCGCCUACAGUAUACAUGCAUUACCUCUACUUUUGAAUGACCGUUUACUUUUGUCGCCAUUUUUUAUUUAUGCCGAAAAG